GCGAGAACCAACACCUGACUGUCUCAUUACUUCUGGCUCAGAGCAAGCGAACAUCUUAUCGCUACAAAAAGUUUAGGAAACCGCAUUUAUCACAUUUCCAAAAUGCCUCUGAAAUUCGAGCUUUGCCCUGGCAGGAUGAUUGGGGGUUCUAACCCCUGUUUCAUUAUUGCAGAAAUUGGACAGAACCACCAGGGAGAUAUCGAAAUUGCCAAGAAAAUGAUCAAGAUGGCCAAGGACUGUGGGGCAGACUGCGCCAAGUUUCAGAAGAGUGAACUUGAGUACAAGUUCAACAAAGGUGCUCUGGAGCGUCAGUACACCUCCAAACAUUCCUGGGGAAAGACAUACGGUGAGCACAAGCGCCACCUUGAGUUCAGUCAUGAACAAUAUAGAGAGCUCCAGAAAUAUGCAAAGGAGGUUGGAAUCUUCUUCACCGCUUCUGGAAUGGACGAGAUGGCUGUGGAGUUCCUGGAUGAGCUUGAUGUGCCCUUCUUCAAAGUUGCCUCGUGCGAUGCCAACAAUUUCCCCUAUCUGGAACUGACUGCAAAAAAAGGUCAGUGAUUUAAGUUAACACUGUGUUAUAUUCACUACCAUUCAAAAGUUUGGGGUCACUUAGAAAUGUCCUUGUUUUUUAAAGAAAA